CUCGCAAGGAUAAAGAAUACCAAUUGACACGUGUCUUACUGCGGAACUGUGCCUGGGUUUGGCCAAUGAGAAAUCGACUUCGUUUUCAUCCGGGUUUUGGGACAGCGGCAAUCAUGGCGCCACCCGUGAGAUACUGCAUCCCCGGCGAACGUCUGUGUAACUUGGAGGAGGGCAGCCCGGGCAGCGGCACCUACACCCGCCACGGCUACAUCUUUUCGUCGCUUGCCGGCUGUCUGGUGAAGAACAGCGAGAAUGGCGCGCUUCCAGUGGUGUCUGUAGUGAGAGAAACAGAGUCCCAGUUACUGCCAGAUGUGGGAGCUAUUGUAACCUGUAAGGUCUCUAGCAUCAAUUCACGCUUUGCCAAAGUACACAUCCUGUAUGUGGGGUCCAUGCCACUUAAGAACUCUUUUCGAGGAACUAUCCGCAAGGAAGAUGUCCGAGCAACUGAAAAAGACAAGGUUGAAAUUUAUAAGAGUUUCCGCCCAGGUGACAUUGUCUUGGCCAAAGUGAUCUCCUUAGGUGAUGCACAGUCCAACUACCUGCUAACCACCGCCGAGAACGAGCUGGGAGUGGUGGUAGCCCACAGUGAGUCAGGUAUCCAGAUGGUUCCCAUCAGCUGGUGUGAGAUGCAGUGCCCUAAGACCCACACUAAAGAAUUCCGGAAAGUAGCCCGAGUACAACCCGAAUUCUUGCAGACCUAAGAAGCCACUUUUUACCCUAUGGAAGGGGGUAAGCUGUUCCUGAGUAUAACACCAAGAUGCUGCUGUCUUUAUUCAAACACCUGGCGUCGGCCAACAGCCACUUCCAGAAAAAUCUUCCAGUUUACGCUGUAGAUGGAACGUGUUUCUGUGAACCUAUCAGUGGAUUUCAUUCUCUUGAGUAAUAAAUCUUAUCUUUUCAAGGCACCAACAAACAAAACUGUGAUAUUGGAAAUAGCCUAUCCCUCCUGACAGUCCUUAUAAAUACAUAUUUUUUGCUAUGAUAAAACUUUUUUACUAAAAGGAUGUUAUAGAGUCUGUUGUCUUAAGCAGAGAAAGACAUCUAAAUGGUGUCAGGACAUUUCAGUACUUCUGCUUAUUGAGUACUUACUGUGCUAGGCACUGAGUCAAGUGCUUUACAUACAUCCCCUUCAUUUAGGUACAUUGUGGUUUAAUGAAAAUUUGAGGACACGUGUGGUGAUACAGAUGGCAUGUGAGGCAGGCAUGGUGGCUCAUGUUUGUAAAUCCCAGCACUUUGGGAGGCCGAGUUGGGUUGAAGUCAGGAGUUUGAGACCAGCCUGGCCAACAUGGUGAAACCCCAUCUCUACUAAAAAUACAAAAAUUAGCCGGGCGUGAUGGCACAUGCCUGUAAUCCCAACUACUCAGGAAGCUGAGGCAGGAAGAUCGCUUGAACCCUGGAGGCAGAGGUUGUAGUGAACCGAGAUUGCACCACUGCACUCCAGCCUGGACAACAGAGCGAGACUCUGUCUCAAAAUAAAUAAAUAAAUAACAUGUCUAAAAGUAUUUGAUACACAUCACUGAUAUAGUGGGUACUCCGGGAAAUGUUAAAUCUGAAUUGAAAAGUGGGACAGAGUACUGUCAUAUGAGGUGGCCAGGAAAGGAUUAGUGACGUGAGAUCAAAAUAAAUUAAAGAACAUAAAAGUAAGUGAAGAUAUUCAAGGCAGAGAGACAAGCCCAGGCUAAAUGCAGAAGCAGAAAUGAAGGCAUAAGUUUGGGGAUGAGGAAGGGAUGAGAGUUAAGCAUGGAGAGGUUGCUGAUGAAAUGAGUCUGAGAUGUCACUUCUUGAGAUGUUAUUCAGGAAGCCUGUGUCUUCAGUAUUUAGUGACCGUGCGUAAUGUGAGCUUUAGAAUCAGCCCACCUUAGUUUCUAUCCUCUACUUCCUAACCUUGAAUAUUAGGGUUUCUAUAGUUGAAAAUUUUAGAGAUUGAGAUCAUUGUAGAUCCACAUCCAGGUUUUUGUUUUUAUUCUUGUUUUUUUUUUGAGACAGAGUCUCGCUGUCACCUAGGCUGGAGUGCAGUGACGCGAUCUCAACUCACUGCAGCCUCCACCUUCCCAGUAGCUGGGACUGCAGGCAUGCGCCACCACGCCCAGCUAACCUUUGGUAGAGAUGAGGUUUCACCAUGUCGGCCAGGCUGGUCUUGAACUCCUGACCUCAGGUGAUCCGCCUGCCUUGGCCUCCCAAAGUGCUGGCCUCCCAAAGUGCUGGGCUUAUAGGCAUCAGCCACCAUGCCUGGCCUUGGGUUUUUUGUUUUGUUUUGUACAUGCAAUUUUUAAAGAGACAGGGCCUCAAAAUGUCACCCAGGAUGGAGUGCAGUGGUGCAGUCAUAGCUCACUGUAGCCUCAAACUCCUGGGCUCAGGUGAUUCCCCCACAUCAAUCCCGAGUAGCUGGGACUACAGGCACGUACCACCAUGCCUGGCUAAUUUUUCUUGUAGAGACCAGGUCUUGCUAUGUUGCCUAGGCCAGUCUCGAAUUCCUGGCCUCAAGUGAUCCUCCUUCCUCAGCCUCCCAAAGUGCUGGGAUUACAUGUGUGUACCACUGUGCUGGCCAAAAUUACCAACUUCUGAUCUAGAAUUCUGCACAGGUUAGGAAAAUAACAUCCCACCAGGCUCUUGGAGACUGAAAUUACUCAGUUAUUGUGUAGGUCAAAUGAAAAUCUAAACUUGAAAAGCAAGAUGCUUGAAAGUAUUUAAAUCUUUGGGUAAGAACCUUCAUUUGUUUGCACUAGUAAUAUCCAUCCCAGCCCCAGUACCAAGUGGUGUGAUAUUUGGUGCUUUUUACACGUUUCUUUGGGACUGUUUCCUCUUCUGUAAACAGGAGUUACCAGCCCUUUCAUGGGUUAAGAUGAGAGCUAACAUAUGUAAUAUCCCUCAUCCAGUGGGUGGCACAGAGGAACUUCAUUAGGAGCUCAACAGAUGGAGGGUGUUACUUGUUCCUACCAGAAGGGAAAGGGAAUGUUCUUUCUCCAGCUUUAUGGGAUUUCUUGUAUUCCAGUGAUCUUUUCAAAGGAGAAGGCAAUUGUGUUUAAAAUGUAAUUAUACUCCUUUCCACUGCACUAAGUCACUUUUUGAGAUCAUCUUUAGUAUAAGUUUACAAGUUGGUAACAACAGUUAAAAAAAAAAAAUUCUGAGGCCUGCACGGUGGCUCACACCUGUAAUCCCGGCACUUUGGGAGGCCAAAACUGGCUCGAGACCAGCCUGGGCAACUUGGCAAAACCCCGUCUCUACUAAAAAUACAGAAAUUAAGCAAGCAUGGUGGCACAUGCCUGUGGUCCCAGCUACUCAGGAGGCUGAGGCGGGAGGCUUGCUUGAACCCAGGAGGGGGAGGCUGCAGUGAGCUGAGAUCAUGCCACUGCACUCAAGCCUGGGCGACGGAGCGAGGCUGUCUCAAAAAGAAAAAAAAAAGGCAGACUUUACUUACUCUAAAGAGGAUAUAAUGGAGUUCAGAAUGUGACUUUCCAAUCGGGAGCACCAAGCAAGAGCUGCAGGGGGCAACGUGAAUGGAGGGCUUGGCCAGGAGGGCCUCCCACCACCACCUCAGCUCACCACGCUGACGUGAAAACCCCAAGGAGAUGCAUCAUUUUUUGACCAACCGUGUAAAGUUGUGACUGGAUGUCCUAAAACAAACUGCCACACAAGGACUAGGGCAGUGAGAGACAUUUCAAGUUAAAUGCUAAGGUUUCCUCAGAUAAGGUCUUCCACAUCACACAAGAAGCUAUUGCACAUCACUCCUUUAUUAUACUGAUCUGGAAAAAGGAUUUAGUACAGUUAUGCUCAGAUGAACACUGGACCCAUGUGGCAGGGUCAAGCAACUAGAACAUGAUUCAGAAAUCAGUGAAAGACACACUUGGACAGGACCAAGAGGCAUUUCACUGCCAUGAAACAAGGCAGGAAGGGAUUCUAAUACACACACCAGGAAGCACUCCUGCCCCUCAGAGGUCAAGGAGCUGAUCCUAUAUUGGUAUGAGAAAUGGCUUAUUUUCUGAUGACCACAUGUGGGACUAUUUCAACCGCCACAAGAAACCCCAGAAGGGGUAUUGUUUUGUAUUAUUUAUAUAUACUAUACUUUUUUAAUAAAAGUAAAUUAACACAUAACGAAAUUCAGGAUUGAUCCCAACCUAGAGCCAGAUCCUCUGGGGUCAGGGAGUAAACAGUUGUCACAUCACCACGCAGGUUACAUUCGUCUUCCACUGGAAUGACUAGAGCCCCCAGGCAGUGGGCAGUGGCCUGACUGCAGAGGACAGACUCCGCUCAUGGGGACAGACAGGCUCUGUUGCUUCUCACUGGUCAUGGCUUAGCAUGGUUCCUCCCCAAAGUCCUUAGUAAACAAA